UUUCUGUAUUUUGUAUUUUUUCUGUAUAACAUUUUGUAUUUUUUCUGUAUAUUAACAUUUUGUAUUUUUUCUGUAUAAACAUUCCAAUAUAAUUUGAACUACAUGGCGGAAUCAAAUAAAAGUGAAAUAUAUAAACAAUUAAUUGAAAUAUGGCAACCAACAGAAGAGGACUUGCAACGGGAAUUUUCCCAAAAAGAGCUAAUAAAACUUUGCCGCCGCGUGCCCUGUCGUGUAAAUAUGACACGCUGGAAUGCGGUAAAUGAUUGCUACGAAAGUUUGCUGCAGCAGGGGCGAUUAAAAAAUAAAUCUGAGAAAGCUAUCUUGAAAUUAGUAGCGAAGGGAGUAAAUCGCUACAAAGACGAAUGCGUUUAUGUACAGAGUGAUAUACUCCCAAAACUGAAGUCGGAAUGGCGACUAAGAAAAAAGCGCAAUAUAUUGCAUUUGGAUUAUUUUGACUACAUGGAAAGAAAGUCAUUAACAACUAGCGUAUCAGCUACCGAUAUUGAAUCUACUCCAACUGAAAAUAAUGCUGGACACGCGGAAGACAUAUCAAUCGAAGCAAAUGUGUCGCAUGAAGAACCUCCUGUCGAAGAUAGUGUGCAAAAGACGGUUGAAGGUCCGGCAAAAUUACGUAAGGCUUCGAACAUAUUAGAAGAGUUAUUGGCUGUUCACACAGAAUCCUUUACAAUUAAUACCGAAGGUAUGGAAAAUUUUUGUGAAAGUGAACCAUUAUCUCAAGAUAUAUUACCAACUCAGAAUGACUUCGAAUCAAAUAUUCCACUAACUUCAACUCAGUCGCAAUCUGAGAAAAUUCAACUAUAAGACACUAUUCAGGAAAUAUAUGUAUUUUAUUGUUUUUAUGUUUACAUUAUUGUUCUAUACAAAUUUUAAUCAUACAAAGUGUUAAAUAA